AUGGAUAUUCGCCUAGCACUUAUUUUGUGUAUUUGUUUUGCUGUUUAUGUUUCGGCUCUAUCAUUAGAGUCAGAUCGUUCUAAGAGAGAUGUCAUGGAUUCUGUGAAAUCUGCUUUGACCGAAGUUGCUAAGGCUGUGACCGAUGCUGGAGAUUCUGUGGCAAAGGCGUUUAAGCCCACGGAGAAAAGUAUCGUUGAUAAAAUGGCUGACGGGGUCAAAGGUCUAACAGAA